AAUCCAUCUGUACCCUGAAACCGUUGCAUGCUCAACUCAGAUCUAAUAUUACUCGAUAUCUUUGUUCUAUUGCCCCUUCUUCCGAUUUACUGAUGAAAAUGACGACUUGCCGUGUAUCAGCGAUACGGUUGUCGAGGAGCAUGAUAAAUAUAUCGAAGCAGAGGCAACAAGUAGACGCUUGCCGCCUGGCGAGUGUGCGUUCAAAUACUUCCAGGACUUUCUCUGUGAAAAAUAGCCCCACUGUCGCCUUUCAGCAAGAUGUUAAACUUGCCUCAAGGAUUGAACGCGCGGGUUCCAAAUUAUUCAAGGAUGCAGACGAGGCUGUAGCCGACCUAAAGAGUGGCACUACUCUUCUUAGCUCCGGGUUUGGUCUCUGUGGUGUUGCAGGUAGAAAAUAUCCCACUACUGAAGAAAUCGACCCAGACAUUGUAAAUGCUGGAAAAGAGACAGCUACUUUACUCCCGGGUGCCUCUACCUUCGAUAGCAGCGAGUCCUUUAGAAUGAUAAUACAUGGACGUGUCAAUUUUAGGUGCUUUGACAAAUGUCUAGGCUUUGCAAGUCAGUGCCAAUGGCGAUCUGACUAAUUAUAUGAUUCCUGGAAAGGCUUUCAAGGGAAUGGGAGGAGCUAUGGACCUAGUGUCCAAUCCUGACAAGACUAGAAUUGUUGUGACUACAACACAUGUCGCCAAGGAUGGUUCCCCUAAAACCGUGCAAAAGUACAGUUUACCAUUAACAGGAGCAAACUGUGUUAGCACAAUCAUCACAGACUUGGUAAGAAUGGAUUAUCAUGGGGCAGUAAGACAGUGAAGAUAGCUAACAGGUAAUACAGUGCGUCUUCCAGGUCGACCGCGCCAACGGUGGCCUCGCUUUGACGGAGCUGGCCCCAGGAGUGGGUGUUGAAGAGAUUGAGAGUAAAACGGGGGCAAGGUUUUCAAUUGCGGGCCAUUUGAGCGCCAUGGAAUAAAUAGAGCCUUGCACAAUUAUACCGCUUUUCCUUGCUCCUCUGGCCGUCGAAGUUGAAUGUAUCGAGUACAUCGUAGACAUGUUGCACUCUGUUCGGGGCGCUUCGCGCGAUUUGGAGGGCAAUGGGUCUCGGGUGUAAUCUACCCUCGCCACACUGGAGUUGCUCUCUACUAUUUUAUUCUAAUAUAGGGGCAAGCACAGACCACAAAGGCGAGAAAAUUCCCCAGGGUAAUUCUGACGGGGACGCGUAGCUACUAAGUGAGGAUAAGGGCAAAGAGAGAUCAAUAAAAGGACGGUGGCUGGUCUAGAGACGAGAGGAAUAGAGAGAGGCGCGAAGAGGAUGCGACGAAGAGGAU